AAGCUAUUCAUUGUAUAGAAAAUAGUCAGAAAUUCAACUAGAAAGUAGUACAUUUUGUAACACACCCGAAAUCAAACCGUAUUUUUUAUUGUUUGUGCCAGUGAUCAACGUUCCCCUAACAAAAAGCUCAGUGACGCAGGACUCAACGUGUUAAGCUGUAACAUCGAUGGCCAAUUCUACUCUGAAUGCCGUCAUUUUCAAAAUUCGGAAUGAUUGACACUCAGUGUGCGUUCAUUAGGCAUGCGCCGAUAUUUCGCCAACAUUUUGUGGAUUCACGUGUUGAGGUGGAUGGCGCCUAGGCAACCGAGGUUUCACAACAAGGAUACACUUUCCUGUCUUGCUGGCCUCGAUUCGUGAAAAUUCAGACAGUCAUUGACGCGACAACUUCAAUGUUCAAUGCUGGGUGAAUCGUCUUCAUGGUGAAUAGAACACAUAAUGGUUCAAGCGGCGAAAGGAUGAUUUGUUGUGGCGUUAAGUACUAAAGUAGAGGUGAUAAGUUUUAUUUCGAAAAUGACUGACCCAGAUUCGGCCGUGAUAAAGAAGACUCAGAGUUCGCUGGGGAAAUACGUCAAGAAACCAGCUCUAACGGAGAAAUUGUUGAAGAAACCACCCUUUCGGUUCCUCCACGAUGUGAUUAAUGUGGUCAUCAAGGACACAGGCUUUCUCAAGGGAUUGUAUACGCCGGAGGAGCUCGUGUCGGAUAACAUCAAGGAUCGAGAGGCGAAAAUCGCUUAUCUUCAAAAGCUGAUUGACGUUACCAAGAUUGUGACAGGAAAGGAGCUGAAAGUUCGACCCUCCAAGGUUGUUGCCGGGCUUGAGCCAGAGAAGACGAAUGAACUGCUACAGGCGAUCGGUCAUGCGUUGGAUAAAAAACUUGACAGCUCUAGUGCAGUGAGUAUAAUUAAUGAAAAAGCAAGUGAUGGUGCUGAAAAAAAGGACGACAAUGCGAGUGAGCUGAAAAAGAAGGAGGAAAAGAAGAAUGAAGCGAAAAAUAAAGAUAAAAAGAAAGAGAAGACGAAGGAGAAAACAAAGGAGAAGGAUAGAGAUAAGGAGAAGGACAAAAUAAAACGAAAUGCUGGAGCAGAGGAAGCGAAAAAAAUUGAAUCAAGCUCUAAAAAUGAAAAACAAGAGAAGCAAGCUAAGGUGAGCGAAAAAGAGAAAGAAAAAACAAACAAUGCGAAUAAGACUGAAAAACUCAAAACAAGCGAUAAAAAGAAAUUGGAAAAAACAAAACCGAAGGACAAAGAAAAACAUGCUAAGCGAAACGACGCGAUUAAAGAAGAGCCCACAGAUGUUACCGUCAAACCACAUAUCAACGGCACUGUCCAAUCAAGCUUGGAUACUGAUAGCAAAGAAAGUGAUAAUCUCGAUGUUAAUGGUAAACCCUCCGCCGAAGAGGAAUUGAUUGUUACGAUUGAAGAGGAUGCUGAGGUUCGACGCAUCGAACGCAGUUCCAGUCGAAAAUCGUCUCUGAAGAAGCAGGGUAGUCUGACUACGAGUGAAAAUAACGCCUUGGCAGACCUGAAUCAAUUCAAUGGAUUGGAGAUUCAAGGUCUGAGCAGACAAAAUAGUGGUAUAAUGGUAGAGCCGUUAGUGAGACACGAUUCGGAUCCAGUAGAACCCAUUGCAUCGGAACGAAUUUCCGCCAAACCGCCCAUAAACAGGCAACAGUCAGUAGAUAGCGUUAUGCGACCCAGGACCAGUUUGCGACCGCCCAGUGUACGGCCGCCAUCGGCCAGACCUGGAGCUCCCCGAAGGAAGGACAAAAAUGUUGAAAUUGUUCUGCAACCGAACGAGACGACCAAACUUGGAGAAAUAAACGUUAAGAUGGAAGUUUUCAACAACGACCUGCUCGAUGACGAUGGAGAGAAUUUAAUUGUUAUCGAGGAUCCAUCUCAACCCGAAGAAGUGUACAGCGAGUCAGGCACGAAACUAGGCGAUGUUCAGGAGGGGCAAGAGCAGGGUCAUUUAGUUCAGCAGAUUCUUGAAACACAGAAGGAAUUUUCUAACAUCCCUGGAGGGGACGUUAAUGCUGAAGUUGCGAAGAAAUCUGAUAUUGAAUGGACCAGUAAUCAGCGGCAGUCAUCGGCAAGGCAAAUGGAAGCGAUGAGGGAAUCGAUCCAAAAGCUGACUCGCUCAGUAAAUCCCCUCGGGAAAUUGAUGGAUUUUCUACAGGAGGAUAUUGAUUCAAUGGAACGCGAACUGGGCAGUUGGCAACAGUUAUAUGGUAAUGGGAUGGUAGAUUUGAACAAGGAACGAAGCAUGAACGAAAACGCAAUCGAACCAUUGAAGCAUCAGCUUGCACAGAUCGAAACCAACAUCAAAGAGUACAGUGAGAUGAUCGAUAUCACGAGAGCUAGUAUUCUACAGAAUGAGCAAAAAAUAGAGCGUCUUUACAUGACGGAAAUCUGAAUGAAAUUGUUCACCCGAGUUUUGUUUUUUUACUAUUUUAGAGAUUUUAUA